AUGACAAUUAUUGCAUCAAUAACAAGUAUUUUCAAAUCCAAUCCAUUCAAUGGUAAUAAAUCAAAACUUAAUUCAUUUGAAGUCUCUAUUUUAAGUGAAAAUAACAAUUUUAAUAAAAUAAUAGUUUCCAAUACAAACAAUUUAAAUAAUUCGGUUAAUUAUAAGAUAAACAAAUAA